AUGCUUCUUCCCGUCGCGGACUUUUAUGAUGGGAUCAAUAGUAUUGGCGAGGAUGAAUCGGUCUUUGCAACAAUACUGGAGACUAGAGGCCAUCGAGACCUUGCAGACGUAGUAAGAAACGGCCGAAUCCUUCAUCGCUUUCAGUUCUGCUGCGGGUACGACUUCGCCGAUUGGGAAGGCUUUUUGGGUCUUUUCCAGGGUCUUCGAAAUGCCCUGAACAAAGAUGUAGAUAUGAGCUGGGAAGUUUGGAAACAGAAUGCCUUGAGGAGAUACUCGGACGAUGAACGGUUGAAAACUCUCUUGGCACGGUAUCAGGCACCAUGA